CUGACACAUCCCCUUGGGGGUCUGCUCCCCUUGCGCCAGUUGCAAUCCGAUCGAGCGCAUGCCAGCCGGCACGUAGGUGAUUCGCCGGGGGAGACGUGUCGAGAGAGCACAGCGAUGUUAACGGUUUUGUGAGAUGUGGUCGAGCUUGCUAAGUAAGUACUCUUUUGUAGAUGCAUGUCUCGGAGAAUGCACCGAAUACGAAAGGCGCAAGUGGCCAUCCGAGAGAUGCCAGAAUGCAAUGCAUGCACGAACACGUGCUUAAGGCGCCACGGGCGGCCACCUCCACAUGCUACCCCGUCCUCGAUGCGAGACCACAAUGUGGGCAAACGAGUAAGCGACGAGAACUAGCGACGGCGCCACUUUUCCAAGAUGGGCAGCAGCGCUACGGUGAGCGCGUGAUGGGCGACAGGGUUGGACGCUACUUGGUGCUCGAUGCCGCCGUCAGAGAGCGGAAAGGGUAGUGGGUUCCUCACUCUGGUGUUGUAGAUGGGCAGGUGGAGGGGGGAUCGCGCCUUCAACGCUGCCACGAACGCAUACACCGACGGCAUCCUGAACAGGUUGGCUCUCGCUUGGACUUGUCAACGUCGUCGGAUCGAUGGUGCGGUUGGAUUGAUCUCGAGACUGAAUUGCCAUCAUGACGUGGCAUCUCUUCUUGGCCAGUUCGCGCGGAUCAUGACGUGGCCAGUGCUGGUGUUUGUCGCGUCCGGUUACGACCGCGACAUUGCUGCCACGGGCGGGAACGUCUUGAGUUGGCAUCAUUCGCCCCAUGCGACGUGGUUUUCAAUACGACCGGUCGCGCUCGUCCACUGUUUGAACUCUCGUCGCUGCGCUCCCUCAAAACGCGCCUAUUGUCCAUGUGCUCAACACAAAAGCCCUCCCCCCAGACCCUUGAUGACCCCCCCGCUUGCUCAAGGCGUCGUGGUGAAGUGGGGGGCGGUCUGGGGGCGUUCGCCGACUGCGAUGCCACGGACCUGAGCCCCCCCCACAUGUGGGACCGAUUCCAAUUGCCAUCGGAUGCAUUCCCCCCUCAACAUCUAUUGAAUGUCCCGCGCGGGAGGUCCAAAGCCCUCUUUGCUGCCGAAACCACACAGUUCUACCGCCGAGGGGCACUUGUUUCGCUUCAUAGCUACACGCGCUCCAUGAACGGCGGCACGUGCCCAGCGGCAAACUUUACUGUAGCCGGCGUUGGUACGCUUUGAUAUCCAUUGCGCGUGCGAAAUAACGUGCUUCACCAAGUACUCUUGAAUCUCGCCAUGCAGCGACAACGUCGCCAUGGACUCGUUGGGGGCUGCGGGGUGCUAUAGAGCCCACUUGUUCGUGUUGUACUCGGUGCUACAAGUCGCCCUGGCACGUCCGAAGCGGGUCGCGCGUCGAGAUCGCCGCCAGCUGCUCAUUGACGUCGUCCAAAUUACGUGGUGUUGGAGAAUUUUACCCAAUCACAUCGUCGCAUGCCUAUCACCCCCAUCAACUUCAAAAUGUUCGACCCGGCUGUGUGUGUCUUUGCGAGCGAGCGAUGGGGAUGUCGGGGUGCCUGUGGUGCUGUGGGUCGGCGCGGUCCAGGUAUACCUUCGACGACAUCCCUGACCUGCGGUCCAAGGUCGCCAUCGUGACGGGAGCUAGCUCCGGCAUCGGUCUCGUCACAGCCCGCGAACUCGCCCGCAAGGGCUGCCAUGUCAUUUUCGCAGGCCGGUCACGUGAAAAGACACUCGGAGUGAUCCAUCAAGUGGCGAGGUCGCUGCAGACAGCCACGACGCAGCUCGAGUUCAUGCACGUGGAUCUGAUGAACUUGACAUCGGUCCAUGCAUUUGUGGACGCGUUCCGACACCGCAACUUGCCGCUCCACAUCUUGAUCAACAACGCUGGCGUGAUGGCGCCGCCGUUCACGCUCUCGAACGACGGCAUCGAGUCGCAGUUUGCCACCAACCACGUCGGCCACCACGCCUUGACGACGGGGCUGCUGCCCAUCCUGGAAGCAUCGGCACCGUCGCGAGUGGUCAUGGUCAGCUCGCGGGCACAUGUGCGCGCGCCUGGCAUCGAUUUCACCAACCUGAACAAUGCCCAAAAGUACUUUUCGUGGAACUGGUACAGCCAGUCGAAGCUGGCCAACAUUUUGUUUGCAAGGGAGCUGACUCGUCAACUCGAAGUGCGCAAUGUCAUGAACGUUUACGUGAAUGUCGUCCACCCUGGCAUCGUCCAGACGGCUCCGACGACCCACCAACACUGGCUGGCCUCGCUCAUUCUGUCGUUGUUCGAGCUCGAAGUUGACGACGGCGCCAAGACGCAACUGUACGUGGCGACAUCCGACGACAUUGUUACGCACAACUGGCACGGCGAAUACUUUGUCCCGAUUGCAAAACUCGGCGCGACCGAUUCCAUGGGCCACAACCAAGUCCUCGGGAGGAAGCUGUGGGCGUUUACGGAAGCGCUGAUUCGCGACACAACCUCGGGUAACACGCCCGACUUGUGCGAUGCGUGUCAUUCUUCCACUACCGCGUUCUUGGACGCACAGGAUCGGCAAGCUCCGUGACUUGUUCAUGCACAGCUUUGGGACACCCAGUGCGAUUGACUGUCUGUUUAAAUUAAACCGUAUGAUAGAAGUUUGAGUGAAUCGCCC